CCUGUGCCACUCUAGCGUGGCAGACAGAAUAUGACAGGCUGCCUGAGCCUAUGGGAGGGAGGGUCCAUGGGAUUCUUGUGCGUGGAGAUCCUCCAUACUGGGUUUCCAGGGACAUGGAGUUCCUCCCUUAGUCACAGAGUCUUCAGACAGCGUAUCCUUGGACGUCUCACGAGACAGCCACAGGGCGGUUAAGCCGCUCUGCAACCUCAGCACCGAGGUAACGCGAGUUCCUUGGUUUGUCCAAGGCCCGUUCUGGAUCGGAGAACGGCGACUGACAACCGGUCAGUUUACCAGUCUCUUUCAGUGUGUCACUAAUUUAACCUGAAAAGAAGCCAGUGGAUCACUGUUCUACUAACAGAACAGACGUUGCCAUCGGCUCAAUCCUCACAGUGAAGAGUAUUGUAUGCCUGGGAGUUCUUGCUCUUGCGUAUGGGUCUGCCACCUCUCCAGUGGGAAGCUGCCAGACUGCUCCACUCUUUCUGUGCCGUGGAGAAGACUUUGCAGUGCAGUUGCUCCUUUCGUGGGAUCCCCACACCCUCUGUGCAGUGGUGGAUGGACGGUGUUCCUGUGGAUGUGAGCAGUGGGCAUGGCCACCUCCAGGUGACCUCCACCACACUUGGCCCCUGGGACAACAGCACCCUCGGCAUGGCCAAGGACCCAGAAAUGGGCUCAGUCCUUCUUUGUGAGGGAAAGAACCAACAUGGAACCCAUGGUUUGAGCAUCCUACUGAUGUCAAGAAGGGGCCCUUUGGCUCCCCAGAUCUUCCUGAAAGCGUUGGUCCAGGGUGUUGUCUAUGCAGCCAUGGCAACCACACUACUUUUCCUCUGCCUCCUCCCCUUCAUAGUGAAACUUCUCAGGAUGCAGCAGGCAAAGAAGUGGGCACAGAUGAGAACCCAGCAGGGCUCUCAGCCUGGACCAGAGGGAGACUCCAUCAUGAAGCCCGAGGAACCUAGAAAAUCCAGAGCUGAAUCACCUGGGAAGCAGCUCUAGGAAAAGGAAGACAGCCUGAAGCCAGCGGAGCCUCUGGAGGAAACUGCACCACACCCAAAGCUCCCACUAUCGCCAGAAUUACAAAAGCCCAUGGAGACCCCAGAAACCCCAAGUCCAUAAUAAACAUGAGGUCCUGCAAAUCUGAGCUCACAAAUCCCUCUCAGCCUCUACACAACCUGUACACUCCAAGGUGUGGAGACAACCCCUGGGCCUGGGCUCGGGACUUUAAAAGGUCACCUGUAUGGCUGGUGUUUGGUGAUGGGCCUCACAAGACUAUACAGUAGAUGUACAGCUGGCAGACCGCUGGACAGAUCUGCAGGAGUCUGGUCU